AUGGAUAUGCGGGAGGGGCGGAGACGCCAUCGCGCGAGUAAGGCCAAGCCAAGUCAAGCAUGGCUCCACGGCCGGCGGGAACCAAGACGUACCUUGUCUUUCUUCUUGGGAUGGCAGCGACUUGAGUUGCCCGGACCGCUAGCCGGGUGUACUUCGGAGUUUGGCCGCCUCGAGCGUCAGCGUCAGCAUCACCAAUUAGCAGCAGUGCGGCUGCAAGCAUGUCAAAGUUUCGAGGCUUUGAUUGGCCUUGCACGCGGCUUGUCACCGACAUACGGGGGAAUGAGCGAGCCUCAAACCCAAGACUCUGAUUAUUUUCUGCUAUUCAGCCUGAGCCAGUCACUCCUUUUUAAUAGUCGCUCUCUUCCCGCACCUCGUGCAACAAUGCAGUACUCUCUUGCCGCCAUUCUCGCCCUCGCUGGCUCGGCUAUUGCCCAGACUCCCGGCUUCCACGCCCUGGUCAAGCCCGUCCGCGAUGAGGUCAUCCCCGCCGGCAAGCCCUUUACUCUGGAGUGGCAGGCCGGUGGCCAGGACGGUCCCGUCAACUUUGUCCUGACCGGAGGCGAGACUCACGCUCUGCUGCAGGAGAUUGGCACCGUUGCCACCGGCAUCGACUCUAAGCUCGGCAAGUACACCUGGAACGUCGAUGCCUCGCUCGGCGACAAGAAGGCCUACGGUCUCAAGAUCGUCCUGGCUUCGGACCCCACCAUCUUCCAGUGGUCGAACCCCUUCACCAUCAAGGCCUCGUCCGACAAGACCGUGGCCAACAGCACCAGCACCAGCACCACCUCUUCUGCCUUUUCGACAAUCACCUCUGCCUCGCGGGCUCCCAGCACCACCUCGACCAUGAUCAAGGUCAACAGCACCACCAUCCCUACCAACGGCUCCAGCACCGCCACCAGGUCCAGCGCUCCCGGCGCCACCACUCUUACCCAGACCGCCACCCAAGGCGUUGCCCAGCCCACCCGCGCCACCACCCCUUCGUCUCCUCAGGCCACCGGUGCUGCUGCCGCCCUCGGCUUCAGCUCGGCUGCUCUGGUUGGUGGUGUCUUCAUGGCUGUCCUUGGUCUGUAA